GUAUCCUUCCGUCGGGGCCAGACCGAGAGAGGGUCCCUUCCGCGCCGUUUUAAUCAAGCCAUGAAUCUGGGGCUCUAUUUGCUCUUUCACAAGCCCACUGCUACGUUGGAUUUCACUGCGUCGGCCCCAGCGGCCCGAAUCUGACAACGCAGCUUUGGUGUCGAAGUGUGAGGUAACUGGAACAUGAGAAUAAGGUGGCGACGGAAUUGGUGAAUCUUGAUUAACCAGGUGUACUUUGGUCGAUCAGGUUUCUGUCUCGUGUGGAUGCAUCAGGUGCCUAGAUCCGAUAAAUCUGACACUGACUGCGGUGUGCACACGGAGCUCUCAAUCGGGUUCUUUGAGGACCUGUCGCAGCUGUUGCGGCGAAAAGAAAAAGGAAGUAACCGACCAAUACGCCGAAGUCCCCCCCUGUGUGAAUGAUCCAAGGAGAUCGCGGCAUCGAUUGGUACUCGUUUUGGCCCCUCGGCACUAGGCUAGAACUCCUGCCGCGGGGUGGGUAUGGGGGUUAAGUGGAGAAAGUAUUGUCCUCACUCCAGACUUCUCGCCUUUUCAGGUGAGCGCAAUUGCAGGAGCGGAGGUGCAAAACCCCUGAGGCUCACGCAUCGUUCAUUUAAAGCCGCUGGGCCUCGCAAUCAAAAUUAUAUUUAUAUAUAUAUAUAUAUAUAUAUAUAUAUAUAAGCACAUGUGCAAUCAAAUUUUAUUAGUCCAGAGGGAAACUGCUUCAGGCACUUAUCCAGUGCAGAAACCACAGGGAAUCCCCGACGUCCCUCAGUCACGCUCUGGAAGCGGAAUUCGGAAAACCUGGUGAAUGGGAUAUAGGUAGAAUCGCGAGGCGAGGGACUCGGAGGAAAGAGGGGCACAGAAGCAGUAGUCCAGACGCUACACGCUGACAAUCUGCACAAGCGUCAAUUGGGGUUUCCUUCAGUGUCGUUUGACCGUUCCCGAAGCUGCAUCGCUAGAGUUCAUCAAUAAUUCGAGAGUGCAAUGGCGACGCGGGCGCCAGGACACGAUGAAGACGACGAAGAAGAGGAGCUUUUACAGAGAGCUUUGGCGGAGCAGGCAGCGAGAGAAGCGAACCUCCGGACUUCUCCUAAUAAACCUACCUCGGUUGAUCCCCCCAAGUCCCUCGUUCUUAGCAAAGCAGCUCCACCGGCUAAGGCACCUCCUAGUAGACCAGCGCCGCAGCUCCAACCGGGAGGACAUCCCACGAGAGCACCUCAGGGUGCAUUACAGCCUAGGCAAACACGUCCUCCAGUUGAAGAUGACGACGACGACGAAGUGGACAUGCUCAGCAUCUCAUCCGAAGAUGAAAGCCCAUCCGGCCGAGGCUUGAAGCAUUUAGAUGCGAACGGCAAACUCUCAGCGGAAGAUGCACAUGAAAAUGAGUGGGAGGAAGAUUACGAGGAAGAACCUUCGACAUGGAAACCCUACUACAAAACUGAGCUGGAAAGACGGGUGCGGGAGCUUCGAGAAACUAGAGGAGCGUAUUCUGCUACCCAAAACCUGAGGGAGAGAUCCGUGGUGGAUCCUGUUCUUUCUUACAGCGACGAUUUUAUUGAUCCUUUGGGACUUGGUGUCAUUGAUGUGCGAUCUUUAACUCUUGUUCCGAAGACUACGAAAGGCGAUGACAGCUCUCCUGCAAAUAUGACCGCUGCUGCUUCCAUUGGACAAGGAAGUGAUCGUAAGCGGGGAUUUCUUCGCAGCAGGAAGUCCAUUAAAGUACCCGCUGUACAAGCUGUUACUGCUCCUACAGCAGAAGACGAGGCUUCUCCUCGAAAGGAUGAAGCUCCAGUGAUUAGAGACCAGGCAACCAGAGAAAAGCUGCUUUAUUUUUCAGAGAAGUUUGAUCCCAAGUUCUUCCUAUCCCACGUGCACCAGAAUACUUUGGCUGCCGAUCUGGAGAGAGCAGAGGAGGGGCUGAACCAAGACCUAAAACAGCGCAACAACGAAUUGAAGAAGCUCGUGAAGGAAAAUUUUGAUUGUUUUAUUUCAUGUAAAAACACUAUCGAUGACAUUCACUCGAAGCUGCAGCAGAUAGAAUCAAGCACUGAGGGAGGUGGCACUCAGCACCUUAGUAACUCCAUCAAGCAGGUGGAAGAUGCUGCAAACCAUGCGUUCUCGCCUCUUUUGGAGCGGCAGGCUCAAGUAGAACGUAUUCGUUCCGUGCAAGGGAUGCUACAAAGAUUUAGAACUCUUUUUAAUCUGCCGAGCAUCAUCAGAACUUAUAUCAGCAAAGGAGAGUACGACCAAGCCAUACGAGAAUACAAGAAGGCCAAGUCCUUGGAUCUAUACUCUCAUGUGGGUAUUCUCAAGAGAGUGUUAGAGGAGGUAGACAAGAUUGUUCAAGAGUUCAAGGAAACAUUAUACAAGUCUAUGGAAGAUCCUCACAUUGAAGCUGCACAGUUGGAGACCACAAUUCGGCUGCUGUUGGAGCUGGAACCAAAUUGCGAUCCAGUUUGGCACUACCUUAACGUCCAGGAUCGGAAGAUACGUGGACUUCUGGAAGGAUGUAGCCUGGAGCAUGACGCCCGUAUGGACGCCUUUUCCGGUCGAGUGCGGGACCGUGUUCUGUCAGACGCUCGUUGGAAAAAGCUCCAAGUUCAAUCAAACAAGUCCGACGUAGAUUAUGCAUUACUGCUUGGAGAAAAUGAAAAAGAUGUUCGAGUGGGGAGCCUUGCUGAUACCACAAGCAACGAGUCAGAUGCUUUGCUGGGACGUUUCAUCCGAAGGCUCACCUUGGUGGUUGUGCAUCACGUACCCCUCUUCUGGCGUCUCGCAUUGUCCAUAGUCACUGGGAAGUUUGCCACGGGAACAAGUGCAGUGGGCAGGAGUUUGUCUCGGGGUAGCACUGGUUCACUGUCCAGUGAUGGAUCAGAUAGGGUACCUAAGACUUCACACACACUGGAGGAAGUGGAGACGAUGGUCCAUUGCACCAUUUUUCUUUACGAAUCUAAAGUCCAUGCUGCGUUCUUACAGCUUGCAGAAGCGAAUGUUUUGCGUCCAUACAUGCGAGACGCGCUUGCUGAAGUAUCAAGAGCUUAUACUGCUCUUAAGAAUAAUGACGCUGCCCCAAGCAGCGCAGUGCAAAUGCUGUUGGCGUUGCGGACUGAGGUGACAAAGAUCUUUGUACUCCGUGUCUGCUCACUAAUGCACACGGCAGUUUCACAGUUUGCAAUUGAUGAGGAUUGGGUGCCUGUUGCCGCGGCGCAACGCACCUCCUCGCCGUAUGCAAUCUCAAGCCUUCCACUGCGGUUCCAAGAUUUGUUGGUGACGUCCUUGGAUCACCUUACAGAGAUGUUGGAGAGAUUACGUAAGGAUGGAUCUGAACUCCACGAGGAUAUGAUCCUGCAGUUGCACCAGAUGCAGGAUACAGUUCGCUAUACUUUUUUUGAGUGCUUCUUAGCACUCGCUGGGAAUUUGGAGAAACUAGCGAAUGAAUUGGCCGUUGCAACAACCGAGGACAAGACUGAGGAAGAUGAAGAGGGACAAGAGUGGGAGGAUGGAUUUGUGGGGCUUCUAGCUGGAGUGGAGAUCACUAGCACCCAUCAGCGGCUGCUUAUGGUGCUCAGCAAUGUUGGGUUCUGCCUUUCUACUCUAUUUCCAGAGCAAACACGGAAAUACGAGCAUGUUUGGACCUAUGAAGGGUCUGAUUCGACCAGCAAAGGGGGUAACAUGGCCACCUACGAAGAAGUGACAAACACUCUCUCUGAAUUAGAGAAGAAGAUUCUAAAUCACUAUAACGUUGCUAAGGCAAGAGAGAUUCUGAGAGCGACAGAAGCGUGUCUGUUGUAUGAUGGCAGCCAAUGGUCUGCCACCCCUCCAGUUAAAGGUUUCCGUUGCGCUUUAAUGGAGUUAAUUCAUCCUUUGGUCAGCACUCAUGCAGAGGUUUUUUCUGGGGCCAAACCAUUUCUGGAGAAAGUUAUCAACUCUCUUGUAGAGGUUCUGAUGGAUACGUUGGUGGCUGUUUUUAACGAUAACAAAAACACUGCAUUUUUCAGAUUUGAUAUUAAUGGAUACUGUCAACUAAUGCUCGAGUUAGAGUAUGUGCAAACCGUUUUGGAGGGAUAUUUGACUCCUCAAGCGAAUGAAUUGGCUGCAAACUUUCGUGCUUUACUACUGCACGCGGUUAUGGAGACUGUUGCCGAAAUGACAGAUCCACAAAAUCAUGGCCGAGGUUCCAUUAGAGGAGGAAGCCAAGAUGGAUACGAUUAUGGGGGAAUGACUCCCGAUGAUUUACAGGGCCUUGCACAGGACCACAUCCAGACCUACUUAUCCAUGGAGCUCGAGAGGACUCGCUUGAACGUGCUGUGCUUCGUGGAGGCAUUUUCAGCAGGACAUCUAGGUAACAGGCGUGGUUCUCAAUCUUUUCUUAAACGGACUACAUACGUAAACAAUGCUUCUGGUCGGAGAAGUGGACCUUCUAGCCUGACGGAAUCCGACUCAGGGAAGAUCAUGGGUGGGUUGCCGCCUCCUAUCCCUCACUCUGGUGUCGACUCUCCUCGUGUUCACGACCGAUACCUACGAGGGCGCCUUGAUCCCAGGCGUCCCUCCUUCCGUGGCAACCCUCAAAUUUAUGUAGAUAACGAUGAGUUGAGAUAGUUGAGAAGAGAGCUUGUGAAAUAUGAUACUCUCCGAAAAAUUCGUAGUGAGAGAAACAAGAAUUGAAGGCCUCACAGGGUCAGGCAUAAAUCUAAUCACAUUUCGUGAGUUCAUGGGGACAUGCAUAACUGAGUUACUGAAGCCUGAGUUUGUAAUGCAUCUUUUGUGCAUCUCGCUGCCAUUUUAUGACAUAUUUAUAUGCAAGCAUUUCAUUUUA